AUAUUCAUAUACCUACCUAUGGUAUAUGGUCAGAGGAUAGUUAAAUAAGUGGUGGUCCGAGUCUAUGUUGUCAAGUCAGAUUAUUGCUAUCACUAUUGAUAAUUUCACUUAGAAAAAGAAAAAUCCCUAGCUGUAGUCUCUGUCAUAUCGAAAAUGGUUGUAAAAGAUCUCGACAAAUUAGCACAAGACUUGGAGAGACAAGAAUUUGAGGCCCCCAAUACUAUUCCCUCUCCACAAGUUUAUGGGCAACUUCUGGCAAUUUAUUUAUAUCAAAAUGAUCUAUGUAAUGCCAAGUAUUUGUGGAAAAGAAUACCACAGGUUACCAAAAAUUUAAAUCCUGAACUGGGACAUAUUUGGGCUGUAGGACAGAGUAUGUGGAAACGAGACUUUCCUUCAAUAUACAAAGCUAUAAACGCUGUUACUUGGUCAGAAACGGUGACUGACAUUAUGAAACUGUUACAGGAUGUUGUGAGGACUAGAGCAGUCAAUCUAAUUUCCCAAGCUUACUCUUCCAUAACUCUGGAUACAUUUUCUGCAAUGACUGGUCUACCUCAUGAUGUUUGUAUUCCGGCUUGUAAAGAACGGGGCUGGACAUUCGAACCAGAUACAAAAAUGAUUCACCCUAUAGGGCUUGCCGUUGAACAUAUUGGACAAACUAGCAGUGAAGACCAACUAUAUAAAUUAACAGACUUUGUGUCAUUCCUGGAGAAUUGAAUUAAAAGUGCAAGCUGUGAUUUUUCAUCUUUCAUUAGUGGGUAGUGUUAUUUGUAGCACUAGCACCUAUAUCUUCCGAUUCAAAGUUUCAGUGUUUGAUUCAGUUUAAAUAAGCUCAUGAAGAAAAUCAGUUCAUAUUCAAUAAUUAACCAACAUUCAAUUUGAUCAGGUGUCUGAAGUCAGAACUUGGCACCUUGGCACACUUUCAGAGUUAUGGCCACUCAAAAAAAUGUUCAGAUCUUUUGUCCCCUAAUAAAAACUUGUAAGUGA